AUGUUGCUACUACUGCUUCUCGUUUGUUCUUUCGAUGUCGCGUUACUUGUUCAACCGGAAUGCGUGAUCGAACUGGGGUGCCCGGAAUGUCUGCCGGAGCACAUGCCGUUGGUGACGUCACACCGCGCAGUCGAUGGCGAGAUGCGCCUGCGCAGCGGGGACGAGAUCAGGUUCUCGUGCGGCGCGGGCCGUCUGCUGCUGGAUCCGCUGCGCGCCGCAGUCGUCGCCGUCUGCGAGGACGGCCGAUUCCGUCUCGGGCACGACGCUUCACUGCGGCAUCUCCUGGAGCUCGGCUGCCAGGAGGAAAUCUUCGAAGACGUCUUGCACACGGUGGAACACUGCGCGGCGCCGCUGCAGGGACGGGCGUAUCAGCUCGCGGACGCGACGCAGGCGGUGCGGCACCUCGCGACUUUAUGCUACGACGAGGACCGCGGCGUGGCCACGAUGGCUCACGUCCGCGGCGCAUCCCCGCUGCCGCCGCACGACCACGCGCGGUCUCCGCUCUCGUUGCUCGGCAACUUCAACGAGAUGUUCGACGCGCGCACUCGCCGCCGCGCCGAAACGCUCUACUCGGACGAGGCUAGCCUCAAUCGGCGCCUGCGCGAGAUAUUCAAACACGACGGGGUCGACUUCGCCGGACAGACGCUCGCCGGCGCGAAGCUCCUGGCCGAAUCCUACUUCGAGGACCGGUACGCGCGCGUCUCGCGAUUCGCGUCGAACGCGGUGGCCGCGUGGACGAGCGUCAAGGAAGGAAACCUGCGUCAUCUGCAGAACGACGUGGCCCGGCUCCUGGCGCACGAUCCGGCGCUGGAAGUUUACGCGGGCACGCACGGGCAGGGGGUCGUGCGAGCGUCCGGCGCGCGGACUCCGCUCCGGCUGAUCGGAGGCCGGUUUCCCGUACCUCGGUUCGUAUGGACGGUGGUGGUGGACCGGCGCCGGCGGCGCGCGCUCGCCGUGGUGGUGCUUAACGACCCCUUCGUGGCGGUGAGCGAGGUGCGCGAGGCGGUGUUCUGCGAGAGCGCGUGCGGCCGCGUGCCGUGGCUGCUCGCGCUGCGGCGCGACCGUCGCUACGAGACUCCGCUCUACGGCCUGGCCUUCUGCUGCCACGUGCACGCCUUCUCCGACGCGGUUCCCGAGAUGCCCCGGGCCCUUCUCGAGGACAUCCCGGCGGGAGACGCGGGACUGCUCGCGGAAUAG